UGUUAGUUUUGAGUUCCUCUGCCUGUAGGUGACUGGUACCCAGAUCUCAGCUGCUUCUGUGUCUUGGGUUCUCUGCCUGUAGGUGACUGGUACCCAGAUCUCAGCUGCUUCUGUGUCUUGGGUUCUCUGCCUGUAGGUGACUGGUACCCGGGUCUCAGCUGCUUCCGUUUGUUCCUCUUUCUUCUUGAUCACUCUCACCUUGGCAGUUAUGACUCCUGGCUCCGUUGUUCUCCUGCUUUUCCUGACCACUGUCCAUUCUCUGCUUUGCACUAAGCUUUUUCUUUUGGGUCACCAACCAGCUCCCUAAUCAUGACACAGAGACUUACUAGUUUUGAAUGCUCGGCCCAGCUUAGGCUCAUUUCUGGUUGGCUCUUGUAACUUAAGUUACCCUGCUUCUCUUUACCUUUUGCCUUGCGGCCGUUUACCUUUCUUACUUUGUGUAUUUUACUCUCACUGCUUCUCAUGUCUGCCUGGCUUCUCAUCCUGGGCAUCUCCCUUAUUCUCUCCUUCUUCUGUUAUCUUUUUUCUUUCUAGACCCUUCCUCCUAUUUAUUCUCUCUGCAUUCCAGUCCUGCCUAUCCCUCUACUGUCUAGCUAUUGGCCAUUCAGCAUUUUAUUAAACCAAUCUGAUGCCUUAGGCAGGCAAAGUGAAACCCCACAUCUUUAUAUAAUUAAACACACAUCCUUACACCAUUAAACAAAUACAUUAUAAGCAGAUGUAACUUAUCUUUACACAGUUAAAGUAAUAUUCCUCAGUGUAAACAAAUGUAACACAUCUUUGCCUAGUUAACAAUAUUCCACAAUGCUUUUUGUUCUGACUUCUCUGCUACGUCUGUGUGUGUGUGUGUGUGUGUGUGUCUGUCUGUCUGUGUCUGUGUGGGUAUCUGUGUGUGUGUGUGUAUGUGUGUCUGUCUGUCUGUCUGUCUGUCUGUCUGUCUGUCUGUGUCUGUGUGGGUAUCUGUGUGUGUGUCUGUGUGUCUGUGCGCAUGCUGUUGUGACCUGAGGCUUGGUCCCAGGAGAACUCCUUUUUGUUUUUUCAUUCUCUUGUUUGGUAUGUAUGCACAGUUGUUUUAAAUAUCAUCUAUGAGUUGAUGGCUCCUAAGAAUAGACAGACAGUCCUGUAUUCUGUGAAUCUCAAACUUUAUAUUUACCAGCUUUCUCGACACCUUCAGUUGCUUCUAAGAACAGUCCAAGCUUAAUAUGUACAAGGAAAAGCAAAGUCCCACACCCUUUGAUUCCUGCUUCAUCUCCAGGCUAGCCUCAUCCUUCUGGCUGUCUUCUUCCGAGCCGUGUUCAAGCCUCAAAUGUCUCAUCUUUGAGUCUUACUUUCCUCUUCCUUCCCAUGACCAGUUAGCACAUCUUCUCUAGUGUUCUCCUGGGCCACCACAGUGACCUCCUGUCACUCUGCUUCCUCUUCUGCCCCCUGCAGGCCACCCUGCCCGUAGUCACUUCCACAUUGAUUGAUGUUGGCUGACUGAGGACACGAGGAAGUCACGUGUCUGGAGUAUCUUCAGUCUGCAAGUCUGUUUUAGUGAGGGAUUCCAUUGCUGAUAGAUAGAACACCACGGCCAAAAGCAGUGUGGAGAGAAAGGGGUUUCUUUCAGUUUGCAACUCUCAGGUCAUACUCCAUUGCUGAGGAAAGCCAGGGCAGGGACUCAAAUAGGGAAGGAAUCUGGAGGUGUAGGAGCUGAUGCAGAGGCCAUGGAGGAUGCUGCUUAUUGGCUUGCUUCCCCUGGCUUGCUCAGCUUGCUUUCUUAUAGAAAGCAGUAUCACCAGCCCAGGGGUGGCCCCACCCACAGUGAACGAGGCCCUCCCACAUUAAUCAUCAAUCAAGAAAAUGCACCACAGACUUGCCUACAGGCCAACCUGGGGGGCAUUUUAUCAAUUGGGCAUGGUGACUCAUAUCUAUGAAUCAUGUACCUGUAAGAGGCUGAGGUAGGAGGAUUGGCAUGAGUUGUAACCAGACUGCACCACAAGGUGAGGUCAAGGCUAAACUACAGACUAAGACCCUAAAGAACUAAAAAGAAGAGACAUUCCUCACACUCCACACAAUAUGGGGCAUUUCCAUAAUCCAGAGUCCUCCUGCAAGGCCCUCCACCUUCCUUGGUCUCUGCUUCAUGUUGAAGAAGAGACUGGAUGUUGAGGGAACACAACCAGAGCACACAUACGUCCUGUACCUUUCCUCAAACAGCAAAAAAGGAGCAGUGUUUCUUUGCCUAGACCAUGAGGCCAGGAGAUGGCUGCAUCCUGAGCGUGAGCUUGUGGCGAUCCCUGUGUUCAUGGGCGUCCUCUGAAGUGUAUUGCCAGAGUAUUUCUCAUCCAUAGGGUUACAUCAGAAAUGGAAAAUUCUGGACAAUUACGUCACUUAAGAAGUCUCUCUGGACACCCAUCCUUCAACCUGACAGCUGCUUUGUUCUCAGCACCUCAGAUGUGGCAGGCCCUUGCUAAGCAUCGAGAACGAAGCAGUGAGGUGGUCCAGAGAGGGACUAGCACAGGGCAGCUGCCUCUUCUGACAAGGCCUCCUCACAGCACUGCGGACUUAGCCCAAAGUCCGAGGUUGACUGACAUGGCCCACGGCAUAAAACACGGUGCAGUGUCAGGGCCUGGGACUUCCCCAGAGCAAGGCUUUAGAGGCACAUCUCAUGACAGUAACCACCUAAACGAGCCAUACUCUCUAGUUUACUGACCAACUAAAGGCCUUACCUAGAAGGCUAGAGAAGCCUCAUUCAGAGACCCUCAUGCCCCUUCUGCUGAUAGGCUUGUAGGGCAUAGAAGGCUGCUGUGGAAGGAGAGCCGUGUCAUGAAGGGAUGGGGUGCUGUGAGGAUGGUCUCAGUGAGGUAGGACAGAGGGGCUUGGGAGUUGUGAAGUACGAGAGAAGCCUUGGGAAGUGUGAUGGCUAUCCCUCAGUGUCUGAAGAGACUGUCUGAGGCUGCGGGGCAGGUCAGAGUAGUUACGAGGGGACGGGUUUUAGCUUCAUAAAGGUCAGUGCUGUCUGCAGCAGGGCUGAUUCAUGUGUUUGGCAAACAUUCAUGGUAAGUUGUGCACACCACAUUAGGCCUAUUGGGAGGGCCAAGUCCUGUUCUCAAGUUCCAAAUAGUCUGGAGGUUGCUUGGGAGGUAGUAAGUAGUGAUGGAGCAGGGUCAGACAGGCAGACGUCAGAAGGGCAACCUGGGGAACAGGGACAGUUAAAGGUUCAGACUACUAGUGACUAGAGGCCCAGAAGCAGCUCUCCAACUUCCCAGCAGAGCCAGUGUUCAGCUGGGUAAUGGCAUGGUUUGCUGUUACAGGUGGUGUGGGGGAAUGUCCUGUCUAGGGAUGUCACAAGGAGAGGGUGUGGGUUGGGAUAAGGUACAAGCAGAACCACGUUAUCAGUUGGGCCUGAACUUCAUUCAGUGUUGAGAUCUUGGAGACCCAGAUAGGACAAAGGUGAUCAGAAAUGACUGCCCUGAGAGCUGGGGGACGGGUGUCAGUGGGUAAAGCCCUUGCUGUACAAGCAUGAGAAUACGAGUUCAGAUCCCAGAACCCAUACUGAAUGAAGCUGGACAAAUAGCACCCAUCUAGAACCCCAGCGCUUCUGUGGCAAGAUGGUGGUGGAGACUGGAGAUUCUCCAGAAGCUGGUGGGCUGGGCUGGCUACCCUGCCUCAUACUGCUGCUAACAAGAAGAGGCCUGCCUCAAGCAAGGUGGACGGUGGAGAAAAACAUCUGAGGUUCCUCUGGCAUGUGGCUGUAUUCAAGCUCAUGAAGGCACAUGAAUAAAAAAGCAAUUCCCCCUUGAAGGGCCUGUACCUGGGGUCUCCAGGAUGAGUGUCAGUACCUCCUUCAGCCACAGCUGAUUGUCCGGCGUUUGCUGGAUGUGGCUGUACUGGUUCCUGGCCGCCCCUCAGAGCAAACCGUCUCCCCCCACAAUCGUUCAGCCUUGUAUAAAGUGUCCACAACCCAGCCUGUCCCGUGCCUUGGUCCCUGGGGCCGCCAUGAAUAUGCCCCAGUCACUGGGCAACCAGCCACUGCCCCCGGAGCCACCAUCCCUGGGGACUCCUAUAGAAGGGUCUGGAGCCGCAGUGCCAACUGAGCAUUGCUGGCCAGUGCGCCCGACUCUACGCAAUGAGCUGGAUACCUUCUCUGUUCACUUCUACAUCUUCUUCGGUCCCAGCGUGGCCCUUCCACCUGAGCGCCCAGCUGUGUUUGCCCUGAGGCUGUUGCCAGUGCUGGACAGUGGAGGUGUUCUUAGUCUGGAGCUCCAGCUCAAUGUGAGCUCUCUGCGCCAAGAGAAUGUAACAGUGUUUGGAUGCCUGACUCACGAGGUACCCUUGAGCCUGGGGGAUGCUGCCGUGACCUGUUCCAAAGAGUCCCUGGCAGGGUUCCUCUUCUCAGUCAGCGUCACGUCCAGGGUGGCCAGGCUUCGAAUUCCAUUCCCACAGACAGGGACCUGGUUCCUGACCCUCCGCUCUCUUUGCGGGGCGGGACCUCGGUUCGUGCGGUGCCGCAACGCAACGGCCGAAGUGCGGCUGCGGACCUUCCUGUCCCCGUGCGUGGAUGACUGUGGACCCUAUGGCCAGUGCAAGCUGCUGCGCACCCACAACUACCUGUACGCGGCCUGCGAGUGCAAGGCUGGGUGGCGGGGCUGGGGCUGCACAGACAGUGCCGAUGCGCUCACCUACGGAUUCCAGCUGCUGUCCACACUCCUCCUCUGCCUGAGCAACCUCAUGUUUUUGCCGCCUGUGGUCUUGGCCAUUCGGAGCCGCUAUGUGCUGGAAGCUGCCGUCUAUACCUUCACCAUGUUCUUCUCCACGUUCUACCAUGCCUGUGACCAGCCAGGCAUUGUGGUUUUCUGCAUCAUGGACUAUGACGUGCUUCAGUUCUGUGACUUCCUGGGCUCCUUAAUGUCGGUUUGGGUCACCGUCAUUGCCAUGGCUCGUUUGCAGCCCGUGAUCAAGCAGGUGUUGUAUUUGCUAGGGGCUAUGCUGCUGUCCAUGGCUCUGCAGCUUGACCGGCAUGGACUCUGGAACCUGCUUGGACCCAGUCUCUUUGCCCUUGGGAUCUUGGCCACAGCCUGGACAGUUCGCAGCGUCCGGCGCCGGCACUGUUACCCGCCAACAUGGCGCCGCUGGCUCUUUUACCUGUGCCCGGGCAGCCUUAUUGCAGGCAGUGCGGUCCUACUGUAUGCCUUCGUGGAGACCCGGGACAACUACUUCUACAUUCAUAGCAUUUGGCAUAUGCUCAUUGCUGGCAGUGUGGGCUUCUUGCUGCCGCCUCGUGCCAAGACUGACCGCCGGGUCCCAUCUGGGUCUCGGGCGCGGGGCUGCGGUUACCAGCUGUGCAUCAACGAACAGGAAGAGCUGGGCCUUGUGGGCCCAGAAGGGGCCACUGUCAGCAGCAUCUGUGCCAGCUGAGAGCGGCUUUGGGCCAGGCUCCUAGGGGUUAGGAACCCUGCCUAGGGUUCCUCCUGGGGCUGUGGAGCCCUUCUAGGAACAAGGGACAAGUUGUGUUUCUUAAAGACACACAGUCUUUCUCAAGGAUGACUUUUCAGGGACCAGGAGGCCUUUCCAAGACACGGAGAAUUUCCUGAGAGCCUAGAGUCCUCCUGUACUUAUGGAGUCCUUCUUAAGGAUGAGCUAUGCAGGACACAGAACCCCUCAGGACCAAGGAGCACCUAGGGGUGUGGAGCCCUUCCCAGGGAUAGGGAGCCCUCCUACGGACAUGAGAUACUUCCAAGGAGACAAAUUUUCAUCAGGAAUAAAUCAUCAGAGGGAAAAGGAGUCCAUCUUGGAGAAACACAUCACCAGAUUUUCCUAGAGGCUCAGCACCACUGGUCACAUCUGUGCUGGGCUGGGCUGGACAGAGGGCUGGGAGAGACAGCUGGGACGGGGCUAGGCAGCUGGGGUCCUGAUCUGAUACAGGUGGAGUCUGGGAUGUCUCCAAUGAAGUAGGUACUGAUUCUGUGCUGCCUUUUCUUCCCUGCUGGGGCAGGGUGUGGGGAGAUGGAGGGGAGGGCCAUGGAGGAAAGUGCUAGAGUGACAGGACCUGCCUGAAGAAGAUGCUGUCUGACCUCUGCCCUAAGGUUGGCCCUCUGCAUCCCUCUCAUAUGGUCCCUGUGUUUAAUGCCAAAAGCUCCCUGAUGUCCAAUUCCCAAUUGUUAGGAUCCUCAUCUGUAGUAGUGAAGAGGGGUGUGUGCACGCCUAUGUGCGUGUGCUUGCUGGGUAUAUGCAGAGAUGAAUUAGUAAAACAGGCAUCCCCAUGACUCCUACACAUGCAGAGAAGGAAGCUAAGGUGCCAGGAAAUUGGAGUAACAGGUACAGAUUUCAAAUGUAUAAGGCAUUGUAAGAAUGGAACUACUAUUUUAAGAUUCCAUUUUUUCUUGCAUGCCAGAAAUAAUUGAGAUUUCUUACCAAGUGUGUGUGUGUGUGUGUGUGUGUGUGUGUGUGUGUGUGUGUGUGUAACUGUGUAUAUAGUUUGGUCUGGUCUGGGUAUCAUGAUCCCCUGGGUCCUGGAAUUACAGACACUGACAUCAUGCCUGGCAACUGGACUCUUUUUUUUCCCAGGAGCUCAUAGCUGGGUCUUGAGGAUUUUGUCUUAUGCUGAGAUACUAGAAGACUUCUUUCUGGUCCCCAGUUUCAUACUUCACCCAUCUUCUGAGAGCUCUGUCAUCCUAUCUGGUUCCCAGUCAGCAGCUAGACAUGCUGCUAAAUGCUGAGCUGUGUUUUGUUCUGUCUGCAUUAAGCCUCGAGUUUCUGCCCCCCAGGUCUGUGUCAUGGGAGGCGUUCAUACUGGGCUGUCCAGACACAGCCUGAAGUUAGUUCUUGGGGGUCCUGUGCUGGGUUUUACUUAGUGGGGCAAAAGAUGAGUUGUUUUCUCUUUUAAACCCCACGGACGAAGCCAGGGUGCUCAUGGCUUCUUUAGGGAAUCUGGGACAGUGCUCACACUUCCUUCCGUCCUUCGCCCCUCCCACUUGUCAAUCAGGAGACGACCUCACAUUUCUACCAAAUCUUUCCUCUGUGCCUUAAGUCCUUUCUAUUCUUUCCACAGCCUGGGCCCAUGAAGCUCAAAGCCUAGAAAAUGCCACGUUAUUCUUUACUCUCUGCAACCAGAUCUCUUCCCUGAGGCACGUGGUAGGGAAUAAAGUAUCUGGCUGAGUGGCAGGCAGUGAGAGUGUAGGGGCUGGGUGUCCGUUCCUGUAUCAGAAGCGCUGCUCUUGGGCUGGCCCAGGUAUGGUGGUGCAUGCCUUUAAUCCCAACAUUCUAGGGGUAAGAGCCGGUGAAUUGCCAUGAGUUCAAGCCAACCAAGGUUACAUAGACCCUCUCAAAUAAAAUAAAAUGAAAUGGCUGGAGAGAUGGUUCAGCAGUUAAGAGCAUGCAUUGCUUUCCCAGAGGUACUGAGUUCAAUUCCCAGUACCCAGUUACAGGCUAAGAUGCUUGUAGCUACAGCUCCUGGGGAUACCACACCUCUGGACUCCAUGGGUACCUCUCCACACAAGUGUUACACAUUCACCUAGACACAAACACACAUACACAUGAUUAAACAUAAUAACUUUUUAAAAAAGAAAUGCUAUUCCUUCCCUUAUCUGUGACCAUGCUGCCCUGAACAUAUCUGAACUUGGAUGAUCAAAGAAGCUAAGCAGGGCUGGACUGGUUAGUGCUUGGAUGGGAGAUAAGCUGUCCUCACCCUGGAAUAGGCAGAAUCAGGCCAUGAGGAUAGUUGACCCAAAUAACCAGGACUCAGGACUCACUCAACUGAGAGUAUAGAAGGCAAUGAAGAGGAGGGGACUGGGGUUGCCAUAAUGCCAAGAUGUUGUAGUUCUCAGUGCCCAUCUUUUACUCCUUUCCUGAGAUACUCCUUCUGUCUGGUCCCCAGUCACUGAAGAGCUUAGGACACUUGAUAUGUGCCCAGCCUGUUGCACAUAUGACAGACAAAGGUCACAGCGUGUUGGGAAAGGGUUACAGUGAUGGGGAGUGACAGAGCAGGAAAGACUGAUAUUUCAGGAGCUGUAAAGAGUGAAGUGGGCCUGGAGAGGUGUGUGUGUUUAUGUGUGUGUGUGUGUGUGUAUGUGUGUGUGCGUGGGUGUGUGUGAUGAAGGCCAGCAGCUCACGGUGCUUUGGACAGAUGGGUAGUGUGGCCUUUACCCUAUGGGAAAAGGGAAAUGAGGAUCUCCUGGAAAUGCUUAGGUAGCAGAGUAGCAUGAAGAGGCCGUUUUGAUGGCUGGUGUGGAGGGCGUGUCUGGGGAAGCGCAGUGACAAAGCUGCUACACUAACUGAAAGGGAGACAGGGAGGGCUUCUUUAUAAGGUACCGGUAGAGGGAGGGGACCUGCCUGAGAGCUGCAGGCGGCAGACAUCAGAGCACUCAAUGCCUGGUAUGGUGGGGUAUGAAAGCCCAGGAUGACCUCCAUCUUUUUGACUUGGGUGAUGGUGCCAUUCUCUGCUAUGGUGACACUUGUGAUUGGGGAUGAUGAGUACAGUUUGGGACAUUUUGGAUUUGAGGUGUUUGUUCGAGUACUGGGGGAGACAGCAUUAAGACAAGACUGGGCAGUGCAGCUGAGUCAGGCCUACAACCCUGAGUUGUUUGCUGACUUGAGUCAUUGGGAGAAUCUAAGAUCCAGCAAGCCUGGCCUGCCUUGGACACAUGGCUGUGGCCAGCAGCUACUACUGCUUUCUUGCAUGUAUCUGUACAUGCAACUACACUGAGUUCCCUGCCCGCCUACUACUGUUUGGAGUAUGCUUAGUAACAUGGGCUCAGUGUUACCUGGUGGUGACGUGAGAACAUCCAUGUGGCAAUUCAGUUCCACAGUCACGUAAGAAAAGCCGAUAGAGCUAUGGGGAGGAGUCAGAGUUGGUGGCACCUGGCCCCAAAGGAGCUCUCAUAUUGGUAAGGAUUGGAUGGAUCCCAAUGAAGAGUCCCAACAAAGUGCUGUAGGAUAUGAAGAAGACAGCCUUCAAAUGCACCAAGAAAGAAUGCGUGACGAAGAUAAUGUUUAAAAUGACUUGACAACUUGAUCGUGGUGUGAUUCAUGGAUAGCAUGAGCAAAGACCUCAGGCUGGGACAGGCUGACCCACGUGGAGGGGGGAAGUAACGCUGCGUGUGGUCCAGACUCCUAAGGGCCUUGAGGACUCAGCCAAAGAACUUCAGACUUAAUGCUGUGACAGUAGGAGGUGUGAAAGAUGAUUCCAGGAGUUUAUUGUGAGAUCAUGGGGAGUUAACACACUAGACAUAACCCCAGAGAACGCUAAGUGUGUCAAUGCUGCAUUAAGGAAUGGAAACAAAACACUUUCUCUUGAUUUAAUUUUUUUCUUAUUUUUUGAGAUAGGGUCUCACUGUGGAGCUCUGGCUGGCCUGAAACUCACUAUAUAGACCAGGAUGACCUCAAACCCGCAGAGAUCUGCCUGCCUCUUCUUCCCCAGUGCUGGUAUUAAAGGAGUGCACCACCAUGCUCUACUCUCUUGGAUUAAUUUGAUCAACAAUGAGCCAAAAUUUGAAAUCUUCA